AUGGAGGGUCCCAAUGUUCUGCUCCCAGGGAUGAAAGAGGUUAAUCUAUCUGAAGAAGACGAAGGGGGACUAGAUCUUUUAGCAGUUAACGGAGAAGGUGGAGAAGCAGAGUCUGGGUUCAACUGGCGUCUAUGUUUAAUUGGUAGGUUCAUCCAAUCUGGUUCGCUGGAUUUUCUAUCCAUGCAACAAACAUUGGCUUCGACAUGGAAACCAGGAAAGGGCGUUUUUAUAAAAGAGCUGGACAACAACCGAUUUCUCUUUCAGUUUUACCAUGAGUUGGAUAUCAAAAGAGUUGUUGAAGGGAGUCCAUGGUAUUUCAAUCGCAAAGCACUCAUAAUUUCCAGAAUGACUCAGGAAGGUAAUCCCAGAUGUAUUGCGCUGGAUACUCUAGAUCUGUGGAUCCAAGUCCACGAUCUACCUAUUGGUUUCAUGACUACUACUGUUUUGAAAGCCAUUGGAAACUACAUAGGCGUCUUCGUGGAUGCUUGCCCGAAAAACUUUAUGGGAAUUUGGAGAGACUAUAUGCGCAUUAGAGUUCGGCUCGAACUGACCAAACCUUUGAAACGGAAAAUGCGAAUUCGUCAGUCGGCCACUGAAUGGGUUUGGGUGAAUUUCAAAUACGAAAACAUUCCGACGUUUUGUUUUGUUUGUGGUUUGCUGGGCCACUCCGAAAGAUUCUGCCCCCGUCGUUUCGAUACUCCAGAGGAGGAGAUAGUUCAGCCUUACGGGGACUGGAUGCGAACCCCUCUUCGUCGCCCAACCAAGCUGAUCGGAGCUCAGUGGUUGCGAACAUAA